GGUCAUAAGUACACACGACGUCCCGAGGGAGUUAGGCGUUGAAAGCUUUUAUUAACUCUUGAUGGAAAUGGAACACCUGAAGCCCGAAGCUGAGGCGAAGUCUCUCUCAGUUCCUGGCACGCCAAACACGAUGACUACACGGAGAACGUCUGUGGUCCAGAUGUCGGCCAAGUUGGCGGCUUUGCGGGGCGAGACGGUCCGCGAGGAAGUCAGAUCAAACAGCGAUCUCUGGAAGUCGGAUGUAGGGAACAACCAUAGUUCCCGGAGGAGCAAAGGAUCAGAGAAGAAAAAACCGACCACGAGGUUUAUGCAGAAGAAUGGAAGGUGUAAUAUACGUCAGGACGCGGCCGAAAUACGUCGACGAUAUCUUCGAGAUAUUUUUACCACCUUAGUGGACAUGAGUUGGAGAAGCAAUCUCUUGUUCUUCAUCGCCACUUAUAUAUGCGCGUGGUCAUCUAUUGGUCUCAUAUGGUGGAUCAUCGCGUUAUUGAGAGGUGACGUAGCAGACCACGCACUAUCGAAGACAAGCAACGUCACCAGCAACCAUACAGCAUGUGUGCAGAACGUCUACUCGUACUCAACAGCUUUCCUCUUCUUCAUCGAAACAGAGACAUCAGUGGGGUACGGCAAGCGAGCUAUAACAGCACAUUGCCCGGAAGCUAUCAUUCUAUUUGUUAUGCAGUGUCUUCUCGGAAGCAUCCUGGACGCUUUCAUGGUUGGUUGCAUCUUCAUAAAGAUCUCACAACCCAAGAACCGAGCAGAGACAUUGGUGUUCAGCGAGCACUGUGUCAUUUCACCAAGAGACCGAAAGUAUUGCUUAAUGUUCAGGGUUGGAAACCUCAGGAACUCUUUGAUCGUUCAAUGUCGCAUUCGUGCCAAGUACGUCAAGUCUCGACAGACGCAGGAGGGCGAGUUCAUUGGGUUGCAUCAGGAAGACAUCAAUGUGGGCUUCGAUACAGGAGCAGACAACUUAUUUCUCGUGACUCCCCUCAUCAUCUGCCACGAGAUUGAUGAAAAAAGCCCGUUUUAUGAGAUGUCUAUGGAAGAUUUGAAAAAGGAGGAAUUUGAAAUAAUCGUCAUCUUGGAAGGAAUGAUUGAAAGUACAGGAAUGAUAUGCCAAGCCAGAACAUCGUAUCUUAGUACAGAGGUAUUGUGGGGACAUCGUUUCAUGCCAGUAUUGUUCCACGCAAGAGGUCACUUUAGGGUCGACCAUUCUGAGUUCCAUUCAAUAUACGAGGUGACAAUGCCCCGUAUAAGUAUGUUGGAAUACCAGAAGAGCGAUCCUCAACACGUGAACGGGAGCGCUAAAAACACGUCAAACAAACUAAACGCACAACCCCCCCAAUCGGUAUUUACUGUGAGAAAAUCCAUCCACCAGAAGUCGCUGUGCACCAGCAACUCGAUACUGACAUCUUGCGACGAGCAGCAGCAACGUGCAAGUUCCAGCGGGAACUUUAAAAUCAAUUCAAGCACCAGACGCGCGGUGUCGGACGCUAAUGUCAGCGCUACGGUGGCGGUUGAGAACGAAAACGUCCCAGAGAGCGGAAGUGACGUCAUACCACGUCGUAUGAAUCUUUUGGGGAGCAGACAAGACUUGAUGUUGGAGCGAAGGUGGAGUGGAGGCUUGGAGAUGAAAGAACCAAAUAUAAACGUUCUCAUAUGAUUUUGUGAAAGAACGGCGUCACGAAAAGUAAACGUCAUUACCAACUUAACGUUACAGUAACGUCAUCCAAAUAUGACGUCACUAACUGUGCAAAAUCACACCACCAUAUAUUUGUAUUACACCAAAGCACCAACCCAGUA